AUGCCGAAAUCAAGCCUUUUUGGAGUGCUUCUCGGAUGCAUUUUUCUAAUGACUUGGCAGACAUCGUCGGCGGCCAGCACCGGUGAGUACGAGGAGCUCUGCCGCCUGUUCAAGAACGGCACCCAGAUCCGCAAGCCUGGAACCUGCGACCAGUACAUCAAGUGCGUCAACGGCGAGGGCACUGUCCUUACCUGUACCUCCGGCCAGUCCUUCAGUCCCAGCAAGAACCAGUGCGUGGACACGCUGGCCAACAGCAACAAGUACUGUGGCAACCGGUGCGAAGGCAAGGACGGCGAAUGGGUAGCCGAUCCGACUGAGUGCCACAGGUACUUCUACUGCUUGAAUGGUGAGCCGCACCCGGGAAUAUGUCCGAAUAGCCAGCACUUUAAUGAGGCCAAUCAGGCUUGCCAGCAUGGCGUGGAUUCGACGUGCGUCGAUGUGAACAAUAUAUGCGAGCUGGUGCCGAGCAAGACCAAGUUCCGGAACGAGAAUGACUGCGCCAAGUAUUACGAGUGCAACAGCUCCGAGAGCCAUACCGCGAGUACGUGCAUCACCACGAAGAAGCGACAGUACUUCGAUGUGGAGAGUGGUAGUUGUGUGGAACCAAGCACGAUCGAGUGCUCGGCCCACUCCAAGAGCGGCAUCUGUUCCAAAUCGACAAAGGCGACGUUUGUGUCCGACAAGGCAACCUGCCGGGGUUACUUCUACUGCCAGGGGCUGUCACCUGUAAUUGACCUGGACCCUAUGUGGAUGCAGUGCAAAGAGGGAUACUUUUUCGAUGAAGAUCUCCAGGUUUGUGCCCCGGCCGCCCAGGUGGUGUGCGAGUACAACAGGUGCGAAGGCCGAGGAACAAUGCUGGUGGCCAGCAGCAGCAACAACUGUCACAACUACAUCCGCUGCGUCGACAGCAAGACAGUGGAGGAGGAGACAUGUCACUUUGACCAUUUCUUCGACGAGACCAUCGAGGCCUGCACCCCCACGAUCAUCUACGACAAGUGCUGCGAUGACCGUGACUGA